ACAUUCGAUAAGUCAGCUUUUUUGUGUGAAAAGAAUCCUGUAUUACCGUACAGAUAUGGCCAUCGCUAUCAAGUGCUUAUCCCUGCUGACGCUGCUGGCUGCAGCUGUUGUACUGAGCAAUGGGGCGGCUCUGGCUAAAAGAGUAAGUCGUGGCGUACGUAUUACCUGCAAGAUAGUCAUUGGACUGACAUCCCGUAUCUUGUGUUAUAGAAUGGCUGUAAUGUAGGCAUUGACGUUAGUGAGGACAAAGACUGUAAAGUAGGCAUUGACGUUAGUGAAGACAAAGACUGUAAAGUAGGCAUUGACGUUAGUGAAGACAAAGACUGUAAAGUAGGCAUUGACGUUAGUUAAGACAAAGACUGUAAAGUAGGCAUUGACGUUAGUGAAGACAAAGACUGUAAUGUAGGCAUUGACGUUAGUGAAGACAAGGACUGUAAAGUAGGCAUUGACGUUAGUUAAUACAAAGACUGUAAUGUAGGUAUUGACGUUAGUGAAGACAAUGACUGUAAAGUAGGCAUUGACGUUAGUUAAGACAAAGACUGUAAUGUAGGCAUUGACGUUAGUUAAGACAAAGACUGUAAUGUAGGCAUUGACGUUAGUGAAGACAAAGACUGUAUAGUAGACAAUUACGUUAGUUAAGACAAAGACUGUAAUGUAGGCAUUGACGUUCGUGAAGACAAAGACUGUAAAGUAGGCAUUGACGUUAGUGAAGACAAAGACUGUAAUGUAGGCAUUGAUACUAGAGAGGACAAAGUGAUUCGAAUUUUUAGAAUCAUUUGACUUGUCUUAAUAACAAAUAAAAGAGGACUAUCUGAUGGGUUAAUGAACAGUUGUGGAUAAAUGAUCUGAUUUGUAUCUGACUUGUAACUAACUUGUAUCUGUCUUGUAUCUGACUUAUAACUUGAAGACUUGUAACUUCUUUUCAUUCGUCUUAUAUUUGAGGAUUUGUUGAUUAUUCUGGCUCCUGGUUUGAAUUCAGGGUUUGCAUUCUCUUUGAUGAGUUGCCGUCCAAUGCUUGGGAUGUUGGCGUUGGUGGGCAUUGAACUCCAAAACACCAGCUAUUGCGUUUGAGUCAGUUUAAACCGCUCGGCCACCCGGUCUGACUUGUAUCCAGGGUUUCUUUCAGCUAUAUAUUCGGGGCCCCCCUCCCCGGGAAAGGCAACGCCCCCCCCCCCCGAGCAAAAAUGUGUUCAACAAUAAAUCAACUGGCACUGCUGGCACUGCUGGCACUGCUGGCACAACCCCUUCUGAAAUAAUCACUGCUUAUAUCCGACUUGUAUCUGACUUGUAUCUGACUUGUAUUUGAAUUGUAUCUGACUUGUAUCUGACUGGUAACUGACUUGUAUCUGACUUGUAUCUGACUUGUAUUUGAAUUGUAUCUGACUUGUAUCUAACUGGUAACUGACUUGUAUCUGACUUGUAUCUGACUUGUAUUUGAAUUGUAUCUGACUUGUAUCUAACUGGUAACUGACUUGUAUCUGACUUGUAUCUGACUUCUAUUUGAAUUGUAUCUGACUUGUAUCUAACUGGUAACUGACUUGUAUCUGACUUGUAUCUGACUUGUAUUUGAAUUGUAUCUGACUUGUAUCUGACUUUGUGACUUUAAUCUGACUCUCUGACUUGUAUCUGGGGAGGAGGGUUUCGGUGGGUCGGGGGGGGGGGACAUCAGGUCACCACAGACAAUGGUCAGGUAUAAAUUCUAGAAUUGAUUCUUAUAUUACACUUUAUCUGAAUUUUACUUAGGGAUGGCAGCGAAAUCAGAGUUGGGGGGGGGGGGUAAUAAAACGUUAAAUUAAGGAAGUUCUGAAUCCUCAAAUUUGUUUUUCGUUACCUCUUUCAGGGGUUAGUGAGGUGGGGGGGGGGGUAAUCAAACGUUAAAUUGACCCUGACAUCAUUUGUCCCGUUAGAUGCGUCUCUGGGGGAUAAACGCGGAUUAGUUUUCAGUAAAUCGUAAACAAUUGGUCUGUGGCAAACAAUCGGAAUGUCCUGUGCAGUGUCAUACAAUCUGGGAUUAGAUUAAAUGUUUAAAAGCGUACUUACAAGACCUAGAUAAGUGCACUCUUGAAUACCUUAGAAAUUAUCAAUAAAUUUCGAAAUGAGGUUACAGUUUAAAAAUAAGUUCGAUGGGUUUACCGCCCAAAGCAAUUAAACCAUCUUAAAUAAAUUAUGACAUUAUCGUUAAGGAGUGCGCCCCCCCCCCCUCUCCCUGAUUGGAACAAAUAGGAAGGUCUAAACCUAUGGCAUAACCAAAAUAGAACCAAAUAAGGCCAAACUUACACAAUGAUGAAAGACAUUAACAGAUUAAAAAAGUAAGCAACUUUUUUUUUUUUUUUUUUUUUUUUUUUUUUUUUUUGGGGGGGGGGGGUAGUUUUCAAAGUUGUCCUAUUGGAGCCAAAUCAUAACUCUGGCUUUUAUGAUCAUUCUAAUUUAACAGGAACUCGGAGCCACACAGGAGCCUGACGACAACGAUUGGUCACAAGUCCCAAAUGAGUGGUGGGAAGAGGUGGUCAAACAGGCAGCUGAAGAUUCCGACUACGACAGCGGCACUUACGCUUGGCAACCGGCAACAGAUCCAGAAGAUUCGGAAGAAAGCCAAGAGUUUAAGAAAUCAGUGGAAAGGUCAACUGACAUUUUUGUCCAGGUAAAUGACAACGAUGUCAAUGAUGAAGACAGAGGAGUUGAUGACACUGAUGACGAUGAAGCAGACGAUAGCCAAGAUAGAGCAUUUCUUGAGUCAGGCGAUGAUCUUUCAGAUGGUAGUGAAGAUAAAUAUGACGGACAAGAAUAUUAUGAACAAUUGGAUAGUGAAGAUAGUUAUGCUGACCUAGAAUAUUAUGAAGAAGAGGAUAGUGAAGAUAGAUAUGAUGAGCUAGAAUAUAAUGAAGAUGAUGAUAGUGAAGAUAGUUAUGCUGACCCAGAAUAUUAUGAAGAAGAGGAUAGUGAAGAUAGAUAUGAUGAGCUAGAAUAUAAUGAAGAUG